GUUUACUUUAGCAGGGAAUGGUUACCAAAAUAGAUCCUAAUAUUGCUACUAAUAGUACCGUAUACCCCUCUCAUAGCCAACCGGUAAGCGACCGUAUAGAGAGAGACAGGUUAUGCUACAUGCUGGUGGAUUCUAGGACCAACCAAAUCCAUUUGAUACAAGUAUCCUAGUGCGGAUCUUCGGACAGCACUGUUUCAAGGACUCUCAACCCUGUCGUUUCAUUGUUUAUGUCAACUAGUGACUAAAUAAAGCUUUGGCUCCGGAAAAGUAAUCAUAACCUUAACAAUAGUCCCAAGACGGAUAUAAAAACUUCACCAGACCUUCCGUCAUGUUGACAGGUCUCAUGCUUCCACACGACUACUAAGGUUUCUGGCUAAGAUUUUUCCUUUCUUUCUUUUCCUCUUUCUCAUUUCAAACUCCGAGAGUGACCCUGGGCUUGGUAUGCUUUGACCCUUUGGAAUCUCAAUCAAGGGGGGAGAGGAUCUUUCUUGUCGUCACUCUAAUAUACAAACUCUUCCUCUUGGAUGAAUUGGUGUCGAUGUCCAUUUCUUCUCCAAGGUCGCGGCCCCGUGCUGCCACAGCCAUGCAGCCAGCCACUACAUCGUCACCGCUCUCUUCUCGACAUCCGUCGCAAAUGAUGAGUCCUCCAGCUUUACCACUUGCCCCGGUCGCGUAUUCCGGGAGUUCUCCUCCUGGAGAAAAUGAUCAUGAUAGCGUAAGAUCAGCAUCCGGCCCUCUGCGCCAUCCAAAGCCUCUUACACCGUCCGACAUUCACUCAAUGGUUGAACAAGAACAAGAGGCAAUGGUUAAUCGCCUAUCGAGAGAGCUGUCUCUCCUUCGACAACAAACUGCUUCUGUAGCAUCGACAACUUCUUCCACCUCAGCUACCCUCAAUGACCCGGUAGAUGGUUUGCACUCUUCCUCCUACCUCAAUGCCUCGGCGUAUCCCACAGCAUCACGACGGCAUCGUUCAUCUUCAAGCCUGAGCGCUUCCUACAUUCCAGCCGUCCAAGGGUCAAGAACAGGAAGCGGUGCUGGGAUCGCACCGUUGCGAGAUAUUCCUCUUUCGUCACGUCCAGGUCGGAGUCGAGAGCCAUCCUUGACCUCUCUUCGUCAGUCGGAAGGAGCACUACCACUGUUUCCCACAGCAUCGGUACAGCAGCCGCAAGUUGAUCAGUUUUCGAAUCACACCUCCCAUCGCAACUCUCUCUCUCAACAACGGUCGCGAACUACUUCUGUUUCUCGCCCGGAUGAGAUAGCACGACAGCGUGGGGAGCUGGAGGCACUAAAGCGCGAAAAUGAAGGACUACGGCGCCGUGUUCGAGAUCUCGAGGGGAUCCUUAGAGAGCACCGAGAACGAGAGUCGGCUUCGACAAAUCAAACGGCAACUGGCACCAUUUCCACAGACACAGAUGAAUUGGACAAAGCUUCCAUAACAGGAGCGGGUGGUACGAAGUUAAAUUAGCGAAAAGACCCUCUUAUCAUUGUUGAAUUUUGUUAUUUAGGAAGGAAGGGAACAAGAAUUGGUUUCAGAUAAGUGCUACGGAAUUAACGACUCAUCUUCUCUCACCUUCUUACAUUUCCCUUCACUUGUUUGCUUUAAUUGCCCGCCGAUCUAUUCUGCGAAAAAUAGUAAAAGCUAUU